GAGCUUUCCAACCACCACCACCACUUGCGCCUCAAGCUUCACCUCAGCGUCUGCACACACGCUGCCAACAGCACAAACAUAUAUGGGGCAGGAGUCAAGUCAGGUCCAAAGAAUAGAAGAGGACUCUUCAAGCAUGGACGGCAAUUCGAGCACCCGCAGCGGGGUUGGGGGCGACUAUCCUCUUCCCGCCCUUCCACCGAGUCGCGAGGCGCGUGAGGAGACGAUCAAUAGUUCAGCGCAACGAAAGCGGAAGAUGAGCAAUGGCAUAUCAGAGGACGGCGCUGGGGAUCGAAGUGAUAGCGCGCGACGCGCCCACAAGAAACUCAAAAAAAUGAUGAAGAAGAAAAACAAGGCCGGGAAUGGGGGGAAUAGCGAAGGGAAAGAUACCGAUCUCACAUCGUCCGUGAAACAGAGGAAGAAGAAGAAUCGAAUGAGCGAGGGAGUUGCGCGACAAUGUCUUGGGGUACCUACUUCGCAGUCUGCGCCAUUGCGCUCAGCCGCGUCGGUUCUACUGCCACGUUCAGAUACUGUGGAGAGAGUGCCCGAAUCUUCACAACCGACAGCGGUUGCGCCAUCAAGCUCUACGUCAGCGAAAAAGAAGAAAAACAAGUCAAAGGCCAAGCGUAACAGUAUGCAGGCGGUCGCCGCUGCAGCUGGGGGUGACGGUGGUGGUAGCGGCACUGGCCCUAAAGCGGCUGAUGCUGAGUCCCUUGCGAAGGACAAUCUUCCUGAACCAGCUCCUACGAGCUCUUGGGCAGCAGUUAAUGUGCCGUCCAGUGCCACUAAAGCUGGAAAGUCCAACGAUGAUGUCAACAUAGCAAAUGGGCAAAGCAAACAGGCGGAGGAGGCAACUGCGGGUGAAACCGAAUCAAAAUAUCUCGAGAAACAAACGGAUGUCAAUUCUGCAAAGCCUAAGAGCUCGCAAAUCCACCCCAUCGAGGAAAUGGAUCUUGAUCCAACUCAAUCUCAGAAUACGCCUGCAAACCCCGUUGAAGAUGCAAUGGACCUGGCCGUAGCCGAACCUGAGAAUGCGACAGAACCUCAGAAUGCGACGGCAGGCCCUGCCAACGAUUCCGGAGACAGUCGAGAAAUACUGGAGGUUGCCAACAAAGACGUGCCGCAAAUUGGCGUUUAUGCCGCAGGCGAAGAGCCAACCAGCACGACUCGCAGACGCAAACGCCGUCUCCCUGUCGACGACGAUCCUAUGGAAACGCCUUCUAAGAAAUCUAAGAAGGCACUCAAAGCCAAAUCUCCGGUGACGAAGAGCCAGAAGACAAAAGCUGCAGCAAAAUCACCUGCGAGCUCUGCGGCAGCACCUCGAACCCCGACACGAGCUGCUGCAGCUGAUGGCAAACCAGCCCCCAGGAUGACCGAUGACGAUCUCGCUGUGAUCAAGAACCAACUACUCAAGUACCGUGAGAUGAACGACAUCGCCGAACUAGAGCAGAACCGCUUGAUCCAUGGCAAAGCGAACGAGAGCCGCGACCUGUUCAACAUGGUCUGCGAGGAAUUCCCGAACCGGGAUCGUUGGUCUUUAAUCAAGUUCUGUCGCCGAAAAUUCCACAAUUUCACGGCGCGCGGGAAGUGGUCAGCAGAGGACGAUGAGUAUCUUAGAGAGGCGCAUAGGCAGAUGCCGAAUCGCUGGACGCAGAUUGGGCAAAGACUCAAUAGGCACCCGGAGGACUGUCGUGAUCGCUGGAGGAACUACCUCAUUUGCGGCGAUAACAUGAUUACUGUAUACUGGGACGAUUACGAGGAGCAGAAACUGCGUGACGCAGUCGCAGCUUGUGUGUCACACCUCCAGGAGAUGAGGCAGCUAGGCGUGAUAGAGUCUAAUCCCGACGACGAUGAAGUGGAUGACACCGAGCUCGUGGAUUGGCAGCAGGUCAGCGAGAAGAUGGGCCGCACGAGGAGUCGGCUGCAGUGUCGCCAGAAAUGGAGGCGCAUGCAUGAGCGCGAGGACCCGGACAAGUUUGACACCACGCCGCUCAAAGUGGGUGCGCCGUGGCGCGAGAAGCUCGCGCGCAAGGAGACGCAGCAGAUGGGCUUGGAUGAUAAGUUGGUCAUUCUGCGCAGUAUUAAAGAGUCGCGGGUGGGAAGGGAGGGGAAGAUCAAUUGGAAGAAGGUUGGCGACGAGAAAUUCCAAGAGCGCUUUGCUGUUAGCGCCACCAAGAUGGCGUAUAUGAAGCUCAAGGACACGGUUCCUGAUGCCAAUUCCCAUGUCCUGCAAGAAAUCGUCGAGAUACUCUUGGAGAAGCUGGGUAAUGCAAACGGCCAGGACCCCACCGAGAAAUCUUUCAAGGACACUACAGGGAUUAGAAAGACGAGGAGUAAGCCUACCAGCGCAGAAACUAUCAAUCCAGAAGACGACGAAGAAUCCGACGACGACGCCGGAAACCAGAUAAGGCAGGAGUUGCCGAAACUGACGAACACAACCCGCUCGCCGAAAAAGCUCAGCGAUCGCAUGGCGCGUAGGUCUGAGAGCGUGGACUCGGUUGGCAAUGCUGUUCCAUCAGGUGGGCCGGAGGUGCCAGAGAGCGAUUAUGAGGAACCGGCUGCGCCGAAGACGAAUGGGGCUCAGAAAUCUGCGAAGGCGAACUCGAACUCGAACUCGAACUCGGAUUCUGAUUCUGAUAACUCGGAUUUGGAUGGGGAGAUACCUGCGAGACGGGUUUCGAUUUUGCUCUGAUCAGGAUUGCAGUCGGUAUCAACUGCGUUGUCCGCCUCUCACUCUAUAAAUCCAAAUACCCGCAUGGCUGUCUCGUCUUCCAUUAUUGUACGACGGCAGAGGUUUUGGGUGUGAGAAACGAGUAUUGGAGUGGACUGUAUGAUUUCAUGUCUUGUUUUACUUUUCGAUCGAGUGCUAUGGUACGUUUGUGGGCGUCUCUGGGGUUAUAACACUUCUUGUUGAUUCAUUCGGUAUGGGGAAGGAGAGAACCAAACUCGGGUUCAGGUGUUGGGGGUUAGUG